ACUUUCGGUCGGGUCCACCCCAAAAUCACCGAUGACAAAAACAAAAAAGAAAUGAAAAAACUUCUUUCGCUUGCGUUGCGCCUCGUAGAAGCUGAACAAGAAGAAGAAGCCACACCAAAAUCGUUCGAAAGAUUCUUACUUUUUCGAGUUUUUAGCGGAAUAAACCUUGUCACCUGACCUAGCUGCUUCUGCUGCUUCUUCUCCUUCUUCAUCAAAAGGAAGCUGAGUAGCAGAUUGUCAUAGUCGCCACUUUAUCUGUUUUGAGACAGUAUCGAAUUGUGUCAAAGUCAGCAAUACUAUAGAAGUUGAAUUUCAUUGAUCUUUGGUUACUAGUGAGGCCUUCUUGGCUAUCCAUUUUGAUUCAAGAAUGGCCCUUCCCGGUUCUCUGCAGCUGACCCAUGGACUGGGACUUUGCAGGAAACCAGGCCGCCAUAAACAUCCGUCGGUUGUGGGAAGAAGCAAGCUACAUUUACUGAAUACAGGCCCAUCAUAUCUUCUUUCGUUCAUGAAACUGGAUAGCUGGGGGAUUCGACAAUUUCAUCACAUUAACAGGCCAACAUAUACAUUAUCUUACAAGUCUCGCCCAUUUACGUGCCAUUCUCUUCUAGUACCAAGCCAACCAAGUGAGCUACCUGUUGUUAAGGUGGCUGCUACGUUGUUGGCAAGGUCUAUUAAUCAGAUACAUAGUAAUCCUGUAAUAUUAAAGUUGAUGCCUUCAGUUGCCAUUAUCAUUUUUGCAACAUGGGGUGUUGGUCCAUUAGCAUGUCAGAUAAGGAAAUUGCUUUUCCAGAGGAGUGAUAAUAGUUGGAAGAAAAGUAAAACACAUUAUAUAGUAACUUCUUACCUUCGACCAUUACUUUUAUGGACUGGAGCAAUACUCUUUUGCAGAGCAUUGGAACCAGUAGUUCUACCUACAGAAACUAGCCAGGUUAUUAAGGAACGGCUUCUGCAUUUUGUAAGAUCAUUGUCAACUGUUCUGGCCUUUGCCUAUUGUUUAUCAAGUGUGAUUCAGCAAACGCAGAAAUUCUUAUCUGAGAGCACUGAUCCAAGUGAGACGAGAAAUAUGGGAUUCCAAUUUGCAGGAAAAGCUGUCUAUUCGGCCGUAUGGAUUGCAGCUUUUUCACUGUUCAUGGAAUUGCUAGGCUUCUCUACACAGAGAUGGGUUACUGCUGGAGGUCUUGGGACAGUUUUGUUGACUCUUGCCGGUCGUGAGAUAUUUACAAAUUUCCUUUCAAGUGCGAUGAUCCAUGCAACUCGUCCUUUUGUGAUUAAUGAGUGGAUUCAAACAAAGAUUGAAGGAUAUGAAGUUUCUGGUACCGUUGAGCAUGUUGGCUGGUGGUCACCUACUAUUGUAAGAGGUGAAGAUGGUGAAGCUGUACACAUUCCAAACCACAAAUUCACAGUGAAUGUUGUGCGAAACCUCACUCAGAAAACACAUUGGCGAAUCAAAACCCAUUUAGCCGUUAGUCAUUUGGAUGUAAAAAAGAUUAAUAAUAUUGUUGCCGAUAUGCGAAAAGUACUAGCGAAAAAUCCUCAAGUUGAGCAGCAGAGGUUGCACAGGAGGGUGUUCCUUGACAAUAUAAAUCCUGAAAAUCAGGCCCUUUUGAUAUUGGUGUCAUGUUUCGUCAAGACCUCACAUUUUGAAGAAUAUUUAUGUGUUAAGGAAGCUAUACUGUUGGAUCUUCUUAGAGUUAUUGGUCAUCACAGAGCCCGUCUUGCAACACCAGUUCGCACCCUGCAGAAAAUAUACAGUGAUGCUGAAUUGGACAACAUACCAUACUCAGAUUCCCCAAUUAGUGGUGCCGGAACUGUAUCUAACCGUCCAUUAUUAAUGAUUGAAUCACCUAACAAGAUCAAUGCAGAUGAUAAAGCAAAAGUCCGAUCAGCACGAGCAGCUGGAGAUCAAGAUAACAAGGCAACUGUGCAAACCAGACUUGAAACGAAGGUUGGUUCAUCAGGAAUACAAGAUGACUCCGAGGUGGAUGCCAAAGUCGCUACAUCUAAUUCUAUCACAAACGGAAAUGCCAAGACUGUGUUGACACCCAAGCCUGAUCCUGAAGUGGGUGAGAACAAGCCGAUAAAACCAGAUUCCAAGGGUCAGGCUGUUAAAAACAUCAAGCCUAAUAUUGAAUCCGAGAGUGUAGUUUCCUCCUCGGGAACAGGCAAUGUCGAUAAAGCCGGUGGAGUUCCUACGAAUACACCAACAAAGCAACAAGGGGAAAGGAAACUGGCUACACAACCUCCUCCGGCAUCAAGGCCUGUUCUUGAAGAGAAUAUAGUACUUGGUGUUGCAUUGGAGGGAUCAAAGAGGACCCUUCCUAUUGAGGAGGGUAUUGAGACUUCCGCAACUAGAGAGGCAAAGGAAAUGGCUGCUUCCCAUGGUGGAAAUGGAUCUCCAAAGGGCGGGGAUGGAAAUGACAAGAAAAAUUUAUAGUUGUACUUCCAAGUGGGGGUUUCUAGUUAUCUAAUAUCCAUUGUGAUCAAUGAGUUUUAACCACCUUCUUGUUUUAAGGCUGAGUGUUGUUAGUGUUAGUAAACACUCAACUUUUGAACCUGAAACUCACCCCACAACCACCUAUGUACAUGUCGUCAUCACCUUCCCUUGGAUUAUCUGUUAGAUGUUCUUACAAAAAGAAAAAAAAAAUCAAAAAAAGGAAAAAUCUUUUGAAAAAUAACGUACUCCCAAAUUAGUUACCACUAGCUUUUCAUGUAAUUUAUGGCUCACAAUAGCUAAUGAGCACUAUGAGCUAUUUUUAUCGAAUUGGCAAGAUUGCCUAAAGAAAUAAAUUAACUGACCAUGGAAGAA